CAUCCGUAAAAACACUGAUAUUCCAUGUUAAUAUGUACCUUUCAAAUUCAAAUAUGUCAUGUUUGGCUGACAAGUAGCUUUCCUUAGCUGGUCCCCCCAAACAAUUGUUGAUAGAGAAAGUGCUUCUAACAGCGAAUCGUCUAAUAAGAUAGAGAGAGCUAACAAUCCAAGUAUUGACAGUAUGAUCACUGAAAAAAAACGUAGUAUCGAAAUAAAGAUGAAAAUGUGCGAAUCUCGAUCCCUACGCUCUCACAUCUUUCGCGGGAAGGUCUUUACAAAAAGACACAAAGCCUCGUUUCCAGGGUCCUCUCUUUUCCUCCUUCGAUAACGAGGUUGAAUAAUGUCAAAUUCAAGUCGUACUGGAUCCUUGAAUGAUAAUUCACGAUAAAAUAAUAAUGGAUAAAUUUUGGGGAUCAAUUUGUGAACUAACUCUAUCAUUUCAGUAGUUCUGGCCAUCACCUGCUACACUUGCGCACCAAACCCACCUACAGUGUCAUGCACAACGCUGGCUGAUUUGAAUGUCACCGAUUGUGACGCGGAUCCGACCGUACCAUCAGGCAUGGCUGACGUGUGUAGCAAAAGAUUAGCCGUAGCGAAAAUGGGGCGAAUGAACCAGACUAUGAAUAUGUUUAGCUGUGGAACGAAGGUAAGCUUUGAUCCUUCGCAGUUAAAAUAUGGCUUUUUCUGCUAAACUGGUUAAGUUUAUUAACGUUAUUCAAGUCAAAGUUUUAAAAAUUUCAUAAAACUAAGAUCUCGGCUCGUCAUUCCGGCGUUAUCACGACGCCUUUGAGAGUAGAUAAAAAAAGGAAAAAAAAAGCGAAGCGACUGUUUCAGUGGAUGGUGUAGAGGUACAGGGAGCAUAGUUAGGGGGUUGGUCCUGGGGCUGGGCAUAAAUAGGGGGUGAUCCUAGGCAUGGAUAUGGUGUGGUCCGGGGGUGUCUUUUACCCUUCUCUAUUAUAGAUAAGUUUGGCUCUCAGUCUAUUCCAUAAAAGCCUUCUGUAAUUCAGGUUCGUGAAAACGUGCUAAUCCGAAGAAUCUUAAUGGUAUAGACCUUAUAAGGUUCUAUAUACCCCAUCUAUCUGUCCUUCUCACCGCUUGAGCUUGGUGAACUCGCGCUCAAUGAUACACAUGAAAGAGCAGCAGUGUAAGCCACUCUCAUUUAAGACGCGUGGAACUACGCCUUGUGGUGGUGUAGAACAAUUUCAAAACAGUCCCAGUUUAGUUUAGAAUUUCGACACAGUUUAAAACUGUUCUAAAAUAAUUUCUUGUGCAUCAAUCUCGGCAGAGAGGUGAAUCACUUGUAAACAAUCAAAGUUCUCUCACAAAAUCUCGUUGCAAGUAACUAAUUCAGAGGUGUGGAUAAGUGUUUCGAUAUAAGAGGCUGGGGUGGGAUGGGGAGUACAAUAAUAAUUAAAUCUAACAGGUUGCAAACAAACAAGUUUGUUUUAUGAUAAAACAUUUCCACCUUUUCAGAAAGGAUGGAUGCUGACACGAAAGCUUUGACAAUUUCUCCCACCUCUUUCAGCUUACUCCCUAAAAAUGUUCAAGAAAUAACUCUUUUCGACAAUUACUAUCAUUUAUUUAUUUUUCUUAUUUCAAUCUUUACACAGUCAAUGUGCCAAGACUUCCAGGCAAAGUCUUGCAAUGCCUCGCUACUGCCACCUGGAAUGACCUUUGAAAAAUGCGAAGCCACGUGUUGUGAACAGAACAAGUGCAACGGGCUUGCAGAGAGCACCUCGCCAAGUGUGAAUGCCGCGCCAAGUGUAAACGCUUGGCCAAGUGUAAAUGCCUCGCCAAGUGUAAACACCUCGCUAAGUGUAAACGCCUCUCCAAGCGUAGACGCCUCGCCAAGUGUAAACGCCUCGCCAAGUGUAAACGCCUCGCCUAGUGCAAACGCCUCGCCAAGUGUAAACACCUCACCAAGUGUAAACGCCUCACCAAGUGGCCCGGCAACCAGUGUUCCUGUAAAAACUACGGCCACAGGAACCCCACCGAAACCUUCUAGUGGUGCCACAACAUACAACAAAGUUGUAUCAUUCGCCAUCACCCUUACAAGCGCACUCUAUGUGCUUUUUUGUGUGUACUGACUUUGAGCAGAGAUAAUUGUAAGAGUUGCUGAAAACAACGUUAACCAGGUGCUAGAGUCUGUUUGUUUUUGUUUGUUUUUUACUAUUUAAAGACAAAUAAUUCAAAUUUUGGAGCCGAUCAAAUUUCUCAUCUUUUGUAACCACUCUAUAUAUAGUAUAAGUGAACUAAGCGGCCACCCGCUGGAUUCCCGCCUGUAUCAAAGUUAGACAAGUCCAGUAAAUUACAUAGAACUGUUUUUAUUGUUAAACACUAAAUAGAACAGAGUGAGCGAUCCGCGGCCUUUCAAACGGAACCUUUGAGUCAAUAGAACACAGAUUUCAAUAAGUCAACAAUGUAAUCUUAAUUGCAAUGGGAGAGAGAUAAAGCGAAAAUUUCUUAUCGAGUUGUUUGCUUAGAAAGGGUUUCUGUAAAUGAGGUGCUUAAUUCUAAUGUCAGCGUCUGUUCAGGAAGGUUCGUG